AACCUAUUGGUUCAACGAUGUUAUAUGACGGCGGACCAGGCAUGUGGGGCGGUACUGCGCACGCGUGUUACAGCUUUUCAGUGUUACCAGGGUUUCGUGUUUCAGAUGGAGUGGAUGCUUGAGUAAUUUCGUGCUGCCUUCACGAAACACAGAGAUGAAGCUGGAUAAACAAAGAUCCAGGCACACAACGGAGAGGGAAUUUGGAGGGACCUUGGGUGCCACAUGCAUCCCUGUCCUGCUGCCGCUGACUGUGCUUUACCUGCUGAGUGUAUGUCGCUCCCCGGGGGCAAGCCUGCUCCAGUGGCCCCCUCCCCUGCCCCCCACAUCCCAGCUCUGGGACCCCGUGGCCCCCAUGCUGCUGCUUGGAUGGCUGGCCCUCCAGAGCUUUCUCUAUAUGUUACCCAUGGGAAAGGUGGCUGAGGGGAUGGUGUUGCGGGAUGGAUCCAGACUGAAGUACCCUAUCAAUGGGUUCCACUCUUUCUGUAUAAGUGCCAUAUUGCUGGGACUGACACUGUGGCUGGGGAUGCCCCUUGGAUACCUAUUCGAGUUGUUGUUUCCCUUGGCAGUAUGCUCAAUGGGCAUGUCAUUCCUGCUGUCCCUCUACCUCUACCUCCGCUCAUUUUGGGCACCAUACCAAGCCCUUUCCUUGGGGGGAAAUACAGGUAACCCCCUCUAUGAUUUCUUCAUGGGGCGUGAACUUAACCCACGAAUUGGACGUUUUGAUCUCAAAUACUUCUGUGAGCUUCGGCCUGGUCUGAUGGGUUGGGUUGUGAUUAAUCUGGCGAUGUUGAUGAAGGAGGUCGAGUUACGAGAAUCCCCCUCCUUCGCCAUGCUAUUGGUCAACGUCUUCCAGCUGCUUUAUGUGAUGGAUGCAUUAUGGAACGAGGAGGCUGUGCUGACCACCAUGGACAUCGUGCACGACGGCUUUGGGUUCAUGCUCGUGUUCGGGGACAUGGCCUGGGUUCCAUUCACCUACAGCCUGCAGGCCAUCUUCCUGGUCAUACACCCGCAAUCACUGAGUGCCAUCGGAGGCAUCGCUAUCAUCGCACUUAAUGGUAUGGGGUAUUAUAUCUUCCGUAGGUCAAAUUCCCAAAAGAACCAGUUUCGACGGGACCCCACUCAUCCCAGUGUAGCAGGCCUGGAAACCAUUGCCACAGCAACAGGGAAACGCCUCUUAGUGUCUGGCUGGUGGGGACUCGUCCGUCACCCUAAUUACCUUGGGGACCUGCUCAUGGCCACUGCUUGGUCCCUACCCUGCGGCGUGUCCCACCUUCUGCCCUAUUUCUAUAUUAUCUAUUUCACCGUCCUGCUGAUUCACCGGGAGGCUCGGGACGAGAAGCAGUGCAGGCGCAAAUACGGGCUGGCCUGGGACACCUACUGCCGGAGGGUGCCCUACAGGAUCAUCCCCUAUAUCUACUGAGCCAGAAAGGGGCCGAUGCUUGGCUCACAAACUCCUCAUCCACGUGGACAGGCAGCAUUUUUGUACAUGUGUUGAGCCUGACUGGACUGAAUCAUAGCGCAGGGAUUCACUUUGUGCUGUUGCUUGGAUUAUUCAUUAGCUCCCGCAAAUCAUGAUUUUAAGGCAAAGGUUGAGAAAUGAAAAGUUGUCAAAGGUUCGCAGAAGGGUUGUAUUAUAAAGGACGAGUGCUUUACUUGAAUUAUUGCAGCGUACCGAUGGGCAUUAAUGCACACCAACAGGUGACCGCAACUUCAGUGACUGUGCUAGCCAACAUCCCUCUCAUGUUCUAGGCUGGUAAAAACCUCCAACCAAGCAAUACCCUGUUCCAAUAUAUAUGGCAUUCUCAAAACUUAUUUUGCAUCGACUGAACUGAACCAGUGCAAACUAUGACUCACUGACCAUUAUUGCUCUGUGCCUUUCCUCAGAUUAAAAAAUAUCUUGAACUGAAUGAGUCAAAAGGAUCAAUUUAGUACAAUUAAUGCCAGUUCUGGGGAUGAAAAGUAGCCUUGGACAGUAUAAACAAAAUGCUUUAGGACUUUUUGUAUAAAUAUACACACUUUCAUGUUUUUAGAUAUACCCCAGCCUUUAAAGCACCAAGGGCCUCGUUUGUAAUUCUUAAAUAGUGGCUUAUGCAGAAAACCAUGACUAUGUAGUUACUUAUAAAAUCCCACUUUGAUGUGGACAUGAUUCUAUCCCUACAUAAAGUAUACACUAGACGUAAGUUAAUUACCUGCUGGUUCUGUGCAGGAACUGCGCAUUUCAGGGUGGUACAAUGAAUCCCUAAAGUGGGCUGUGCGCGCAUUUUAAGAGUAACAUUUAAUAGAUAAUCAAUUUCAACCAUGAAGCCUGCAAAAAAUAAUGAUAAAUCCCAGGUGUUUUAUCCAAGAUAUUUUAUUGCGUGCUGCAUGAGAAAAUUAUUAUUCAAUCGUGGCAGCACUCACAUUAUUGGAGUUCAAAUUGAAGUUCAAUUGAGUUUUAUCACGGAUACGUAAGACACAGACAAAUUUAACAAACUAUCCUACGCAACUUUUUUUCCCAAUUUGUUUCUGUAAAGCAAGCGUAAGCACAACUUGGGAAAUGGUAUUAAUAUUACAUUUAAUUUUAAAUCCAAGAACGUUUUUAGAAGUGAGCCCCCAGGACUAUGAAGAAUGCAUGGUAGAUACAUACAUUUGGUCAUGUUGCCUUGACAUCAUUUGAAAACAAUGCACUGAUUGUCAUUUUCCUGUGGAUAUUUGCCAGGAGAUCUUUUGCUACCUGGUCACUGUUUGAAUUUUAAUGUAUUGUCUUUUUGGACACGUGUAAAUUACAUUUUUUAUGUUAAAACAUUGAUCUGAGAUAUGGAAAUACAUGCAUACUCAAAAUGUUUAAAUCUAAAGGGGACUUUGACUUGAGCAAGAACGUACAUGAAAUAAAAUGGCCAAUUUAAA